GAGCCCGGCGGGCAGUCGCAGCCCCAGCCGCGGCCGUCCCGGGGACCUAGACGCCAAAAACCUUUAGGCCAGGGCAAGGAUCCAGGCCGGCCUAGCCAGCUCUGACAGCCUCAUGGCCCCAGCCAGCCACUGAGCCCCAUCAUGGGCAGCUUGUACUCGGAAUAUCUAAGCCCCAGCAAGGUUCAGGAACACUAUAAUUACACCAAGGAGACACCGGACACUCAGGAGACACUCUCCCGCAAGGUCGCCUCGGUUGUCAUCAUCAUCCUUUGUUGUGCCAUUGUGGUAGAAAACCUGCUGGUGCUGAUUGCAGUCUCACGUAACAGCAAGUUCCACUCAGCCAUGUACCUGUUCCUGGGUAACCUGGCAGCCUCAGACCUGCUGGCCGGGGUGGCCUUCAUAGCCAACACCUUACUCUCAGGCCGUGUCACGUUGGGGCUGACACCUGUACAGUGGUUUGCCCGUGAGGGCUCCGCCUUCAUCACCCUCUCUGCCUCUGUCUUCAGCCUCCUGGCCAUUGCCAUCGAACGGCACGUAGCCAUUGCCAAGGUCAAGAUCUAUGGCAGCGACAAGAGCUGCCGCAUGCUGCUGCUCAUUGCGGCCUCCUGGCUCAUCUCCCUAGUUCUCGGUGGUCUACCCAUCCUUGGCUGGAACUGCCUGGGCCACCUUGAGGCCUGCUCGACUGUUCUGCCACUCUAUGCCAAGCACUACGUACUGUGCGUGGUCACCAUCUUCUCCGUCAUCUUAUUGGCCAUUGUAGCUCUGUAUGUCCGCAUCUACUGUGUGGUCCGCUCCAGCCAUGCUGAUGUGGCUGGCCCACAGACACUGGCCCUGCUCAAGACAGUCACCAUUGUGCUGGGCGUCUUCAUCGUCUGCUGGCUGCCCGCCUUUAGCAUCCUCCUCCUGGACUAUGCCUGUCCCGUCCGGUCCUGCCCUGUCCUCUACAAGGCCCACUACUUCUUUGCCUUUGCCACCCUCAAUUCGCUACUCAACCCUGUUAUCUAUACAUGUCGCAGCCGGGACCUGCGGCGGGAGGUAUUGCGUCCAUUGAAGUGCUGGACUCGGGUGGCAGGGGUACAAGGACGGCGGGAUGGGACCCCAGGCCACCGCCUCCUGCCCCUCCGCAGUUCCAGCUCACUGGAAAGGGGUACACCCAUGCCCACAUUGCCCACAUUUCUGGAGAGCAACACGAUGGUCUGAUCAGCAAAUGUGCUUAUAACCAGGCCACAGUAGAGUGGUCUGUGCUCCAGCCUUGAACAGAGACACGGGGGUGCCAGGCAAGAAGCCUGCACUCAGAACUGGGUGAUAAUGGAAAUAGGUUGUGCCCGGGACAGCUGCAGAGGCACCCCAGCUGCAUAGCAGAGCUUCAGCAGAGUCCUGGAAUGACCCUUGUACCCCUUCAACACUGAAUCAUGGGGAGAGCAAGGUGACAGUGGAACAGCACUCAAGGGGAACUCAAGGGCAGAACAACUUAUGAGCUGGCACAAAGGGUUUUAGCCUUUCAACAACUGUGUGACCCUGUACCCACACCAGACUCCCCUCUCUAAGUUGACACCCUUAACCCUUAGCCACCUUCUAUCAACCUCACCCCACUUCUCUGGAGCCACAUUCCAAGGAACUGGAGGUCUCCUUCCUGGGCCCAAUUCCAUAGCUUCCCCAAGUUUCAUCAGAUGCCAUUUAGGUUAGGUUUCUUCUUCCUUUUCCUCUCAUUCUAUAACAUGCCAGGACAUCACAGGGUGGUAGUGUGGGGUGGGGGUGAUGCUAAUCCCCGCUGUCAGACCUCAUGGGCCAAUUGCACUAUUUGGGGCACAGAGGAAUCACCAAGGGCUGGAAAAACUGGUCUGAGAUUGGGGAGGUGGUGGUGAGGAGAAGGGCUUGGACCUCUCUGGGGAGCAGGGUGGAACCCAAGAAAAUUCUAGCGGAGCUGUUCACACAGAACCUCCACCCCCCAAAUUCCUCCCCCUUCAGGCCCAGUGAACAUAGUGCCAGAUCUCCUAAGGCAGGGCAGUCUUUAGCCUUCCUUUCAAGUUGUAUUGAAACCAGGGUGCGGGAGUGAGGGUGCCAGGGACAGCUGUGGAGCGCGCUCUCCUGACCUGCCGGAAGGAGAGACGGAAGGGAUAUUGCGGUACGAAAGUAUAUUUAUGUGUGUCUGUUAAUGUCUGUGUAUGAGAGAGAGGUGUGUGUGUGAGAUGUCUGCGAUCCCUUCUCCCCAUGUUUCCCCCUCAGUGGACGGGUGAUGUUCUUUCUCCUCAUGUCUGUGUUGAAACUGCCAAAGAGGGGUCUAGACCUGCAUAAACCCCUUUUAAUGCUGGCCUGUGUCCCCACUGUUGAGCUGGAUACAGCCCACCUUGGGGAAGGAAAUCUCACACCUCAAAAUGAUUUUCUUGUGAUACAAAGGCCGGGGGUAUGGAAUCUUUGAGGAGAAAGGUGACACUUAAUGGGUAUCUCCUUUAUAGAGGUCCCCAGAUGUCAUCCAUGACUAGGACCCAGGUCCAGGUAAAU